AUGUUCAAACGAUUAAUGCAGUUACUAAAUCGGAAGCAGAAGAGCAAAAGUGUUGCGAAAAGUCGGCUACAACUCAUCCUCGUCCAAGAUCGAACUGGAAUUGAUGAAGAUAUAAUGGAGAGCUUGCAAGCAGAAUUGACUGAAGUCCUGUCGAAGUAUUUUAUACUCGAGCGUGAGCAGGUCGAAAUGGAGAUUGAGCGUGAGCAAGACUCUAUGGCACUUGUUGCAAAUAUCCCAGUCCUCGGAACGAAGGUCCGCCAUCCCGUACAGGCGUAA